GGGUGGGCCGCUUCCAUUACGUGCUGGUGACUGUCUGCGGCUUCUGCCUCAUCUCCAUGAUUUUCGAGUCUCUGGCGGCGGCCUACGUCACGCCGGCGGCCCAGUGCGACUUCGACAUGACGUCAUUCGAAAAGGGCUUCCUCAGCGGAACCAUCUACGUGGGCAUGAUCGUGAGCUCGCACCUGUGGGGCUUCGUGGCGGACACGCGCGGCCGGCGGCAGGUGCUGCUGGUGACGCUCGCCCUCAACUUGGUGUGCUCUGUGGCGGCCGCCCUCAUGCCCACGCUGCCCCUCCUCAUAUUCUUCAGGUUCCUCAACGGCGUCUGGAUCUGCGGACCCUCUGCCGUGACGUACGCCUACCUAGGGGAGUUCCACUCGGACAAGACGCGCACCCAGGCCAUCGUCUACGUCUGCAUCUUCCUCUCCAUGGCGCUCCUCGUGGAACCAGGACUGGCUUGGGCGGUGAUUCCUCAGCCCUGGGCUGCCCCGCUGCCUUGGAUCACGAUGCGGUCCUGGAGGGUUUUCCUGAUCCUGGGCGCUGUUCCCAGCGCCGCCACCUUCCUGGGGCUGUGGCUGCUGCUGCCGGAAAGCCCCAAGUUCCUGCUCGCUGUCGGCAGGCACGACGAGGCGCUCAACGUCCUGCGCAAGAUGUUCGCCACCAACAGCGGCCUCCCACCGGAGAAGUACCCA